UCACUUGUGGUGACACUACUCGGUGCUCAAAAGGGUCAGCAGAGACAAACCACACCCAGUUCAAUGACGUUAAACCUGUGCUGCCAAGAGCGAUGGCGUCGGUGUCAGAAAUGUACGACGUAACCUGGGAAGAAAUGAGAGACAAGCUGCGGAAGUGGAGGGAGGAUAACCACAGAAACAGUGAGCAAAUCGUGGAUGUUGGUGAAGAAUUGAUAAAUGAGCAUGCAUCCAAACUUGGAGAUGACAUAUGGAUUAUUUAUGAGCAGGUGAUGAUAGCUGCGUUGGACUGCAGUCGGGAUGAUUUGGCUUGGACUUGUCUACAGGAACUGAAGAGGCAGUUUCCAGGUAGCCAACGAGUGAAGCGAUUAGCAGGCAUGCGGCUGGAGGCUUUGGAAAAGUACGAGGAUGCCAGCAAGCAGUAUGAUUCAAUACUGCAAGACGAUCCCACCAAUACAGCGGCGAGGAAGAGGAAGAUCUCGAUUCUGAAGGCCCAGGGGAAGAGCGCCGAGGCCAUCCGCGAGCUCAACGAGUAUCUGGAGCAGUUCGUCGGAGACCAGGAAGCGUGGCACGAGUUGUCGGAACUCUACAUCAACGAGCACGACUAUGGAAAAGCAGCCUUCUGUCUGGAGGAGCUGAUGAUGACCAACCCUCACAAUCACUUGUACUGUGAGCAGUACGCUGAGGUGAAGUACACCCAGGGGGGGCUGGAAAACCUGGAGCUGUCCAGAAAGUAUUUUGCCCAGGCUCUGAAGCUGAACAACAGGAACAUGAGGGCCUUGUUCGGUCUGUAUAUGUCGGCAAGCCACAUUGCUGCCUGCCCCAAAGUGAACGCCACGGUGAAAAAGGCAAAUGUGAGGUAUGCUGCUUGGGCCACCAAUCAAAUCAACCGAGCCUAUCAGCUGGCCGGUCGCGGGACGAAGGAGAACAAAUGCUCCGUGAAGGCCGUGGAGGAGAUGCUGGAGUCCAUGCAGAUCACCAUGUCCUAGGCCCUCCCCCCCCCCAACCCCCCGUUCCCCCCGUUCUACAUGGCUCAACAAGGCAGCUCUGUUGGCUCAAUGCUGUGCACCCCCCAGACUCGACCACCACCUCCCCUCCCUCUGUUUUUUGAUGAUUUAGAGCAGGUCUGUCCUUUUAUAGUGCAGUACUUUUAACCCAAGCCCUAUCUAAGCAAAUAUAAUGCACUAUAUGAGAUAUAGGGUGACAUUUGAGACGUAGGCCAGGUAGAGGAUGCUCCCGCGUUGUCAGGGACUGAGAUGUGAGUAGAGAAGAGGCUAAUAAAUACUAAUCUAAAGCGAGGGCUUCGACAGGUCCGUCUGUAUGCAGCUAGGCCCUCCCAACAUUUCCUUAUGUCUGUAAAUGAAAAAAAAAAAACGUUUUUAUCAUAACUAUUGUUUUUUUUCUCUGUCAGUCCAUCCAGAUGUCUUAAUAAAGGCUUGAAUUGUUUGCGGUCUGGAGCAAAUUUUCUCAUUCA